GUAAACCUUUGAGCAGUCAGCAGGCAGAUAAAUGUCAGCUGAUUUUACUGGUUUGUUUUUACUGAAUCACUAAUGCAGCACAGAUCUAGAUCAGCUCAGUCCUUUUAAACCACGAGGUUCUGACUGAGACAGGUCCUACUCAGGCUGUUAUUACUUAGUCCUCCAGGUUAGACUGUAGUCAGGGAAUCCAGGUCCUGAAGGUUCAAAAGUGUGAAGCUGUGGAACUCUGUCCUCGUGGACGGAGGCUUGAUAGAACCAGGAUGAAAAAGGGGAUUCAGGUCAACCAGGUAGGUUUCCUGAACCCUGGACUGGAGUUGGAGAUGACGGAAAGAAGCAGCAUGGCACAGGUGUUGGAGAGUCCUACAAAGUCCAGGUCAUCUGUGACUGCAGCUGUAAAGACUGCAGCUCGGUGGGCGUCGUACUCCAGAGGCCGCUGGAAGCAGAGAAGAAGAAAACUGGCUGGGGUUCAGCCGGAGCUGAAGUACAAAGGUCUUGCUGAGGAUGAUGUAGGUGAUGAAACCGACACCAUAAACAAAAACCAGAAUCUGAAUAAAAAACUUCUGGACCAUUUCAGACAGCUGGCUGCAACCAACGAGGACACAGACCAGGUGGACCUUCAGUUCCUGGACGAGGUGAUCUCAGAUGGAGCCGAUCCAAACAGCUCAGACAGAUAUGGACAAACCGUCCUGCACGAGAUAUCCCGGGCAUGGAGUGUGGAUGUGAUGCGGUUCUUUCUGGACCGGGGCUCGGACCUCCUGCGCUCAGAUGAUUUUGGAGUCACUGCGCUGCAUGUGGCCUCAGCACUGGACUACCAGGACAUGGUCCAGUUCCUGCUGGACUGUGAUGCGGAUCCAGGUGCUUGCACUCAUCAGGACCAGCAGACCCCGCUUCACUAUGCUGCCAAGAACGAUGCUGUGGGCUCCAUCAGGCUGCUGCUGCAGGCUGGAGCCUCCAUCAGCUGCACCGAUUACAAACAGCGGACACCACUGCAGCUCGCUGCAAACAUGGAGCGCAGCGAAGCAGCUCGCGUCCUGCUGGAGCACGGGGCCGAGGCAGGACUGAAAGACUCUGACGGACAGCUGUGUAUAACUGCACUGAUUGGUCGGAUGAGUCCUGUGGCCCAGCUAGCGCUGAGUCAGUUUCAAGUGACAGACAGGAUGACCAGGCAGCAGUACUUCUACCUGAACCUGCUGGAACCAGAUCCACACUCACCUGAAGGCCUCCAAGGAGCAGUGGAGCCCACAUCUCCACUGCAGGUUGUUGUUCGGGAGGGGAAAUUGGACCUCAUAAUGAAUCCAGUGUUUCUCAAACUGAUUCAAGUGAAAUGGAAACUCUAUGGAAGGUUGGGGGCGUGGCUCCUCCUCAUUCUCAACUUGCUCUUCAACAUUUCCUGGACAACUGUAGCCAUCUCUGCUUCUGUCCACCGAGACUCACCUAAUCGCUACAUCCUUCCUCAGGACUGGUGGCGUGUCCUUUUGGUGGUUCUGGCUCUCCUCAUUACACUGGAGGAGGUAUUAAGGGAGGUACAGGACAUCCUGCAUUCGAGGAGAAAGCUCCGCCUCUGGCAGGAGUGGGCUGAGCAACGUCUCCAAGAUGACUUGCGCUACUCACAUCCCAUGUGGCCUCAGGAGAGGCGUUUCCUUCUGGACCAGAUCGCACAGAUCCACAGGAUAAGGGGAAGCUACAGCCAGGAUCUGUGGAAUGUCUUUGAUUGGCUGGCUUACUCUCUGCUGACGGCGUCCUUCAGUGUCCACAUGGCCGACGUGUUUCAUCCAUCCGUCACUCUUCAGACCAUCAGUCUGCGAUUCUUCUCCAUCACCAUCAUCUUCCUGUGGCUGCGUCUCAUGAAACACGUCAGAGCCUUCAGAUUAAUGGGACCGUUCAUCGUCAUGCUGGGCAGCAUCAUUGGAGAUGUGAUGCGUUUCCUGUUCCUGUACGCAGAGAUCUUCAUCCCCUACGCCUGCAGCUUCUGGAUCAUGUUUGGAGGAUCAUCAUCAGUUCCCAGCAUGCGGUCUGUUUCCAGUCUGCUCUACAGUCUGUACAGGAUCACUCUGGUGGACGAGUAUGAGUACGCUGCCAUGGUAACAGUGGACGAAGUCAUGGCGCCUCUGCUGUGUGGGACCUUUCUGGCUGCGUCCUCCAUCCUGUGUGUCAACCUGCUGAUCGCCCUGCUAACAGACACCUUCCAGAGGGUGCACGAUAACUCACAGGCUAACGCUGUGAUGCAGCAGGCAGCCGUCAUCCUACAGGUGGAGGAGUCCAUGCCCCUGCUUCGUCGUUUCUAUGACAACCAGUACCUGUCCAAACACUGCUCUCCUCUCAUUGAUUCCUGCAAUGACAUCACACCAGACUCCACCUUCCAUCAUCAGAGUGGACAAAUCACAGUGCAGAUCAAAGAGACCCUGGACCAGUUCCUAGUUCUACAGAGGGACAUGGAGACAUUCAGAAGUUCCAGAGUCCAAACAGUACAGGAUCUACAGAACCGGGAGCUUCAGGACCAAGAUCAGCAGAACCGGGAGCUUCAGGUCAUCCGAGCAGAGUUGAAGGAACUUCGGGCCCUGGUCCAGCAGCUGGUUCAGAACAGGACUGACUUUGUCUGACAGGACUAAGAUCAGAACCAGGAUUUAAACCACUAGGAAGACUCCUUAAUAGCACUAAAAGUUUUUAGCUUCCCUCUUAGAACCUUUUCACAAAGCUGCUGAGAGUAACUUUUACUAAUGAACUGAGAGAACUCUUAAGCUACAAGAAAGGGGCGGGGCUGACCCCCGUUGCUAUGGAUGAUGUCAUGUUUCCUGACGCUGUGAUUUGCUGUCUUGGGUCUUUCGAUGUUCUAGGUCUCUGUCAGUAAAUUCAUGUGCUGCUGACUCCAAAUAAAGAUAUGAAA